GGAAGUUAUAAAAGGGGGUGCAGGCAGCCAGCGGGAGAGCCAUGCAGUCCAAGCGGGAGUGUGAGCUAUGGUGUGAGAAGGUGAAUCCAGAGAACAAGGCGGCGUUGGAGGCGUGGGUCAGGGAGACGGGCAUCCGCCUGGUACAGGUGAACGGGCAGAGGAAGUAUGGCGGGCCACCCCCAGGCUGGGUAGGCAGCCCGCCGCCAGCCGGCUCGGAGGUGUUUAUCGGGCGGCUGCCCCAGGACGUCUACGAGCACCAGCUGAUCCCACUGUUCCAGCGCGUGGGCCGCCUCUACGAGUUCCGCCUGAUGAUGACCUUCAGUGGCCUAAACCGCGGCUUCGCCUACGCCCGCUACAGCUCGCGGCGCGGCGCGCAGGCCGCCAUCGCCACGCUGCACAACCACCCGCUGCGGCCCUCCUGCCCGCUGCUCGUGUGCCGCAGCACCGAGAAGAGCGAGCUGAGCGUGGAUGGGUUGCCGCCGGACGUGAGCCGCCGUGCGCUGUUGCUCGCGCUGCAGCCUCUGGGCCCUGACCUGCAGGAGGCGCUGCUGCUGCCCAGCCCCGGGCCGGUGCCCGCGCAGAUCGCGCUGCUCAAGUUCAGCUCGCACCGCGCCGCCGCCAUGGCCAAAAAGGCCCUGGUGGAAGGGCAGUCACGCCUCUGUGGAGAGCAGGUGGCUGUGGAGUGGCUCAAGCCAGACCUGAAGCAGCGACUCCGCCAGCACCUUGUGGGUCCCUCACUGCGGUGCCUACAGCCGCAGGGCAGCCGAUUGGCCUGGGCUAGGGACAGGCUAGGGUCACAAGGGGCUCGGGCUGCCCUCCAGCUGCUGUGCCAACAAAUGAAGCUGGGCAGCCCGGUGUUCCUCACCAAGUGUUUGGGCACAGGACCUGCUGGCUGGCACCACUUCUGGUACCAGGUGGUGAUCCCUGGUCAUCCAGUGCCUUUCAGCGGCCUUAUCUGGGUUGUGCUGGCCCCAGAUGGGCAGGAUGGGCAUGAGGUAGCCAAGGAUGCGGUGUCCGCACAGCUGCUGGAGGCACUGAGUGAGUCUGGGGCCAGCUUCUUGUGGUCUGCUGGGGCUGAGGCAGGUACCUUCGUUAAGCAGUGACCCCACCCUCUCUCCACAGGCAGCCUAAUAAACAAGUAGGCAGAGCCUGUGUCAGUUUCCAGCCCAGCAGGCCUGGGUGGCCACUAUCUGAUCCCAUUGGGGGAGGGGCAGGGGUCCUGCUGCAUGUCUGACACAGCCCCCCUGCUCGGGCAGGGCCUCCUAGCACCUGGGGCAGCUCAGGUUUGGCUUAUGUUGUGGUGAAGGACCUUGCCCUCCCCCUCCCAGCCCAGGGUCAGACCUGACCCCAUGGUGACACCCAUACCUACCUUUGUCCCCUCACCCCUCUUCCUCCCACAGCUUAGUAUGAAUCGUGGUUAUUUUCUUGAUUUCUUUUGGUUGGAUUUUAUUUGGAGGGUCAGGUGAACCAAAGGGUCAGAAAUUCUGCCUUUAUCCCCACUUCUUGGCAUUUGGUUUUGGUUUAUGUAUAGUUUUGAGUUUUUCUAUGCUGGUUGUAUUUAUAUUAAACCCCUGGUUGGU